GUUAGAGCUUAUGAAAUGCCACCUCAGUCCAGGGGAGGACAGAGGAUGGAGUUGGUUUUCAUCGACUCUCAGGGAGACAAAAUUCAUGGUUUGAUAAAGAGGCCUCUGCUACGGAUGUUUAGGUCUAAGAUUGUGGAAAACGAGGUUUACGCGAUUAGGGGUUUCUUGGUGAUGGAUAACUACUACACUUAUAAAGCCACAAACCAUGCCUACUUGAUUGAAUUUUAUAGCAAGACAAUAAUCAAGGAUAUUAAUCCUGAGAUUGUGCCGAAUAGCGUGUUUGACUUUCAGCCAUUUGAGGUUCUACAAACCUUAAGGGUUGUUGAUGAUAAACAACUAAUUGAUGUUAUUGGAAAGGUGGUUGGCAAAUGUACGGCACAGAACCUCAUUAUCAAUGGCAGGGGCGAGAGGCUGAU